UGGUAAUCCGAAGACCCGGUGUCAAAACCAAACAAAACAUUGUUGGUUUUCGUUCGAUCGCCACAUAUAGUGAAAUGGAUAGAGAGAGGCGUUAUACAGGUAAUCGAAGAGACGCAUUUUGCUCUGAUUAUAGUGAUAGCGAGUUUUUAUUUAUCAUGUGAAGAUUUAUCAUCUAAGGGUGAAGGGCAACUUCCAGAUUUUAUUUUAUGGGCGCCGAGUACUCCGGAGUCCGGCUUUGUGCGCGUUGCUCCGGCGACCGCGUCUGUUUAAAAAUGGCGCGGCUAUUCAAUUUCGCCCGUGAGUAAACGCGAGCUCGCGGGUGACAAUCUCGCGGGAAGAAUGGAAGAGAGAACCGCGGAGAGCGCGAACUCGCGCGACAAAACGGCGCGGAAGCUCGCCGACGACAUACAGAGCAUGUCGAAUUACAGGGCGCUAUACAGCGAGAUACAGAGGCUCGUUGCGUCGCCCGCCGUGGACCGGCACGAUUUCAAGAACUCGCUGAUUACGGCACUCAGGGAUAACGGGCUGGAGACGGAAAUCCGGAAUACGGUGUUUCACUGGGCGCGAUCGCGGGGUUCGUUACAUUCCCGAUCAGUCUCACACAUACAGACAGCCGAUCUGAGCUACCUGAAAAAGACUCAAAUUCAAUGGGAACGGCGUAUACAAAAAUCAUUGAACUCGACAUGCAGCGAAUUGAACAUCCCGCUGGCUCGUAUAAGGCCUACCACCGACAGGGACGAGCUGGCCGAAAAGUGGAAUGAGUUGAGCACUUAUGACAUCGAUCUGUCGCAAUACCGACCGUUAUAUGCGCCGAAGGACUUCCUGGAUGUGCUGUUCUCCAUACGCGAUCCGUCAUUCAAAAAGCAACCGGACGAAUUAAAUUGGGACUUCAGUCACAUACAAAUCAGUGUAAAAACGCUCGCGCAAUUGAGACAUAUGUAUUCAGAGUUAGUACAGGGAAUGCCAUUGCUGGGAGUGAAUCCCGACAUGCCGGCCACGGAAAACUUCCCAAAUUUGGAAGCUGAACGAACGCACAUUGGCGAGAAGGUACUGCACUCGAAUCACGCUCCGAUUGCUCAAGAGUUUCUCAAAAGAGGAUCUCCCCGUGCGUUGCGCGGACGUAUUUGGUCGCUCGUUCUCGGAUCUGUUAUCAAAGAUAAUGAUAUAGAAUAUUACGAGGAAUUGAAAAAUAUGGUUUUGCAAUACGAUAUUGUAGUAGACAAGCUGAUAAUAAUGGAUGUACAAUUAACAGCGAGAAACGACGAUCAAUACUUCGUAUUCGAGGACGUUCUGUAUAAGACAAUGUUGUGCUUCUCGAGGGACUCCGAGAUACUCGCGCCAGUGACGACCGACAGGAGUGCUGGGGGUCAAGUGAUCCACGCGGUUUUGCAGGGCAAACCGGCGACGCUGGAAAACACCCUGGUCUUUCCGCCGAGCGGCGUCAUUCCGUUUCACGGAUUUACAAUGUAUGCCACGCCGUUUUGUUAUUUAUACGACGAUCCCUGCGCCAUGUAUUACACUUUCCGCGCGUUCUACUUGAGAUACUGGUUUCGCCUGCACACCGUCUCGAGCCACGAGCAAGGCAUAGUCGCCCUCUGCUUGCUCUUCGAACGGUUACUGCAGUGCCACGAACCGCAGCUGUGGGCCCAUUUUAAAAAUAUACACAUUCAACCCAUAAGAAUAGUUUUCAAGUGGCUCAUGAGAGGCUUCAGUGGCCACUUGCCGCCCGAACAACUGUUGUAUCUUUGGGAUCUGGUUCUCGGCUAUGACUCUCUGGAGAUUAUUCCAUUGCUAGCGGUGACGAUCUUGAGUUUUCGGAAAGAAAAUUUACUGCAAGUCAACACCCAGCAGAAUGUGGAGGCUGUGCUGGCGGAUUUAUCCUCGUUGAAAGUAAUGCCUUUGCUGCAGCUGGCUCUUUUAAAAGAAUAAUUCUCGCGUGAAGGCGAAACUUGUAAAAUGCUUUUCUAGCUCCGCGUCACUCCCUUCGAUCCCGCAUAUCCUGUUUCCGUAACGUCUCUUAAAAAAUAUAUCGAUAUCGAAAACCAGGUACGCCGCGUGUUGAACAAAUAAACGUAAAUAAGGUUUAAACACA